UCUGUGUUGAGUUUGCUCCAACCUGAGGAGCAGCCAGCGCGAGCUGCUCGUACUAUUGGAGCUUAAACGGUGGUCGAGGGGGCCAAAAUUCACACGGUGAGAGGGUUUCAGCGCACUGGGACGAAGAGGAUACACACCUACACUGAGAGCUGACGCUUUCGUUGAGGAGUUUAUCACGUUGAGCCUGAAAAACAGCGAAAAAAAUAUGCGGAUAACGGAUAGUUCCUCAGGUUUUCCAAAUCCCUCAGCGCAACGGACAACAGCAGAAACAACAUCCAUGUUACUGACUGCUGCGGUCAUAAAGGAUGCUUUUCACUCGGAAACCUUCUCCGUUUAGCCUUUUUCCCGUGGCGUAUGAACGUUAGCCAGGAAAAGCUGAAGGUUUAAAGGCUUUAAAGCACACCAGCAGUGUAUUUGGGCAGCCAGCUGAAUGUUUACGCUUUAAAAUGGCUGCGGACGGGAUCAGAAUAAGACCGUUGAAUAAUAUGAUGCUCUAAAGCUGGAAAUAUCUCAUCACUUGAGUUAUGGUAAUGCUCUGGGAGGAAAGAUUUUUUUCAAUGUUAUGGGGAAUUAUUUUCCAGCCCUGUAACUGCAGGAGGUAACGUAGGAAAUUCCUGCCCUUGUUCAGAAACACAAUGAGGCGAGAUAGAUGAUUUAAUAUGCUUGUGUUUAUGCUCAUUUUAUCAUAUCACACUCGGAUCCGGAGGUUUUACUUUAAACGACUGCCUACGUUUUGGGAAACUAUCGCUGAUAUUUAAGGAGUAUUCAUGAUCUAUAGGUGAACGGAUCCCCCCUGCUGUUAUAAUUGAAACAAUCUGGGCACCAGCAAGCAGGGAAGAAAGGCCCUAAGAUAUUGAUACCCAACAACAGCAGCAGUAUCAUCCCUAAACCAUGAAUGCUGAGAAGAGGAUGCUCAGACCUGAACUCUUUCUGGUCAGACAGAGACUGCAGGGCAUGCAGAGAUAUUUAUGGCUGUGUGUGAUGUUCUCCCUGGUGCUGAUUUCAGACGGCUCUCCAUCUAAACCCUGCGAGAAGAGCUGUCUGUCAGGCAGGUGUGUGAACGGAUCUUGCGUCUGUGAUCGUGGAUGGGUUGGGGACCAGUGUCAGCACUGCCAGGGAAGAUUCAAGUUGACUGAGCCGUCUGGGUACCUAACAGAUGGUCCCAUCAACUACAAGUACAAAACCAAGUGCACCUGGCUGAUUGAGGGCUACCCAAACGCAGUCCUGAGGUUACGAUUUAACCAUUUUGCGACCGAAUGUAGCUGGGACCACAUGUACGUCUAUGACGGAGACUCGAUUUACGCUCCCUUAGUAGCCGUCUUCAGUGGUCUCAUUGUCCCUGAAGUGAAAGGGAACGAGACCGUCCCUGAAGUAGAGACCAACUCAGGCUACGCACUCCUGCACUUUUUUAGCGACGCUGCCUACAACCUGACUGGAUUUGAAAUCUUCUACUCAAUCAACUCAUGUCCAAAUAACUGCUCCGGCCACGGGAAGUGCACCUCGGGGAACUCUAUAGCGAGCCGUGUAUAUUGCGAAUGCGAUAAGUACUGGAAGGGUGAGGCCUGUGACAUCCCGUACUGCAGGAACAACUGUGGCAGCCCCGAUCACGGCUACUGCGACCUCACUGGGGAAAAGCUCUGCGUGUGCAAUGACAGCUGGCAAGGUCCAGACUGCUCACUAACAGUGCCCUCCACGGAGUCUUACUGGAUCAUGCCCACAGUGAAGCCUUUUGGAGCAUCGCUGGGAAGAGCAUCCCAUAAGGCAGUGGUGCAAGAAAAGGUCAUGUGGGUUGUUGGUGGCUACACCUUUAACUACAGCAACUUUCAGAUGGUUCUAAAUUAUAAUCUUGAAAGUGGCAUCUGGAACACUGUGCCCAUCAGUAGCGGACCCAUGCCGAGAUACGGACACUCCUUGGCUCUAUAUCGGAAUGACAUCUACAUGUUUGGAGGCAAGUUGGAGAUGGGUGCCAGUAACGUAACAGAUGAACUGUGGGUGUUUAACAUACCCAAAAUGACGUGGUCGCAGAAGUCUCCCAGUGUGCCAGCCCACGGCCAGGUCUAUGCUGUGGAAGGCCAUUCUGCGCAUACAGUAGAGCUGGAUAACGGUGAUGUGGUGAUGGUGGUCAUCUUUGGCUACUCCUCCAUCUACAGCUACAUCAGCAAUGUUCAGGAGUACAACAUCAGGACAAACACAUGGCUGGUGCCAGAGACAAGAGGAGCGAUCGCUCAGGGUGGAUACGGACACAGCAGCGUGUACGACAGCAGCAGCAAGAGCGUGUAUGUCCACGGGGGCUACAAAUCUCUUCCAGCAAACAAAUACGGCCUGGUGGAUGAUCUGUACCGCUAUGAGGUUCAGACCCGCACAUGGACAAUUCUUAGGGAAAGCGGUUACCCACGUUACCUGCAUUCGUCUGUGCUGCUGGGAGGAACACUGCUCAUUUUUGGCGGAAAUACCCAUAAUGACACCUCUCUUAGCAAUGGAGCCAAGUGCUUCUCUGCUGACUUCCUCGCUUAUGACAUUGCAUGUGAUGAGUGGAAGGUCCUUCCCAAACCAAACUUGCACAGAGAUGUGAAUCGCUUUGGACAUACAGCCGUAACUAGUAAUGGGUCCAUGUAUGUCUUUGGGGGUUUCUCCAGCGUCCUUCUGAAUGACGUACUAAUCUACAGGCCACCCAGCUGUGAGGCCUUCCUGGGGCAGGAGCGCUGCGAGGCCGCAGGCCCAGGUGUGCGUUGUGUUUGGAAAGGGGGCCGGUGCAUGUCCUGGGAGCCUGGCUUCACUAACAGUGCUACACCUGCUCCAUUCUGCCCUGCCAAAGCUGCCACAGUGGAUGAGAGAUGUUACCGCUUCUCAGACUGCACCAGCUGUACCGCCAACACUAAUGGAUGUCAGUGGUGCGACAGCAAGAAAUGCAUCUCGGCUCUCAGUAACUGCACUUCUACUGUGAAGAAUUUCACCAAAUGUCCAAUCAGAAAUGAGCAGAUUUGCAGCAAGAUGGCCAACUGCAAGAGCUGCUCCCUUAACCUCAGCUGCCAAUGGGAUCCUCAACAACAGGAAUGCCACACCCUUCCCGCCCAGCUGUGUGGAGAUGGCUGGAGCAAUGUUGGGGAGGCCUGUCUGCAGAUCAACUCCAGCAGAGAGAGCUUUGACAAUGCUCAGCACUACUGCAAGAACCUGGAAGGAAACAUCGCCUCUUUAACCACAGCCAAGCAGGUGGAAUUUGUGCUGGAGGAACUGCAGAAGUACCAGCAGCAGAAGGGGAAGAAACUUUCCCCGUGGAUUGGCCUGAGGAAGAUCAACGUGUCAUACUGGGGUUGGGAGGACAUGUCUCCAUUCACUAACACCUCUCUGCAGUGGCUGCCCGGUGAGCCCAAUGACUCAGGCUUCUGCGCUUACCUGGAGAGAGCUCAGGUCUCUGGCCUCAGGGCGAAUCCCUGCACAGCCAACACAGACGGCCUCAUCUGUGAGAAACCAGUCGUGAGCCCGAACCAGAACGCCCGCCCGUGUAAGACGCCCUGCUCCCUGCGCACCACUUGUGAGAACUGCACCAGCCAGGCCAUGGAGUGCAUGUGGUGUGGAAGCACCAAACGCUGCGUGGACUCCAAUGCUUACGUCAUCUCCUUUCCCUAUGGCCAGUGUCUGGAGUGGCAGACAGCAGACUGCGUGUCUCAGAACUGCUCUGGUUUGCGUACGUGCGGUCUGUGUCUGGAGCAGCCUGACUGCGGCUGGUGUGGGGACCCUAGUAACACCGGUCGAGGGCAGUGCAUGGAGGGUUCGUAUCGCGGACCAAUGAAGAGCCCUUCCAGAUACAGCCAAGAUAUGGUGCUGGAGACCGGGCUCUGCCCAAAAGAGCGGGACUUUGAGUGGGCUUUCAUCCAGUGCCCUGCAUGCCAGUGCAAUGGCCACAGCACUUGUGUAAACGGCAGCGUUUGCGAGCAGUGUCGUAACCUCACCACUGGCCUUCACUGCGAAACUUGCUUACCCGGAUACCACGGAGACCCAACCAAUGGCGGAAAGUGCCAAGCCUGUAAAUGUAAUGGCCAUGCCAACGUGUGCCAGGUCCUGACGGGUAAAUGCUUUUGCACCACCAAGGGUAUCAAAGGCGACCAAUGCCAGCUUUGUGACUCAGAAAACCGUUACCUUGGCAACCCCCUCCGAGGAACCUGUUACUAUAACUUGCUGAUUGAUUACCAGUUCACCUUCAGUCUGCUUCAAGAAGAUGACCAGCACUACACUGCCAUUAACUUCAUGGCCACUCCUGAACAGACCAGCAAGAACUUGGACAUGUCCAUCAAUGCAUCAAACAAUUUCAAUCUGAACAUCACUUGGUCGGUCGGGUCAACAGCUGGGACCAUCUCUGGGGAAGAGAUCCCAAUUGUGUCCAAGACCAACAUUAAAGAGUACAGAGACAGUUUCUCAUGCGAGAAGUUCAGUUUUCACAGCAAUCCCAACAUCACCUUCUAUGUAUACGUCAGUAACUUCUCAUGGCCAAUCAAAAUACAGAUCGCCUUCUCUCAGCACAACAGCAUUAUGGACCUGGUGCAGUUCUUUGUGACGUUUUUCAGCUGUUUUCUGUCGCUGUUGCUGGUAGCUGCAGUGGUGUGGAAGAUCAAACAGACCUGUUGGGCCUCCAGACGACGAGAGCAACUGAUGAGGGAAAGGCAGCAGAUGGCCAGUCGCCCUUUUGCCUCGGUCGCGGUGACACUGGAUGUGGGCGGCACUCAGAUAGAACUGCUCCAGGGCGGAAUCGAGGGACCGCCCAAGCCAGUUGCCGUGGAACCCUGUUCAGGGGGUAAAGCAGCAGUGCUCACAGUGCUACUGUGCCUCCCGAGAGGGGCAUCUGGUGUUCCUCCACCCGGCCAGUCAGGUAUAGCCAUCGCCAGCGCUCUUAUCGACACGUCCCAGCAGAAGCCCAUGGACUUCAAAGAGAAAAGCCAAGGCUUGAAGAACCGCAAAGCUCUGCCUCCCGCUCACCAGGGCACCUGUGUUUGAAUCGUCUGCGGCCUCGGUGGGCUGUCCUUUACCAGAGCGACCUCCUCUCUUGUGCUGCUUCGGGCAGACGGCGGCCUAGAGCGGCUCCGUGUGAGGGGAUUAUUUAGGUGACAGAGUGCCCUCUAUUUCCACUCCACAUACACUAUCUCUCCACGUCAAAUAGAUAUUGUCCGUUUCAAACGACCUUGCCAUCGCCACCUGGCUUCUUCUCGAUUCAUCCAACUCUCCAGUCUUCUCAAGGCCUUCUGAACAUUGAGGGUCUCUAAUGGUCUCCCAUCAGCUUUACACCAAGCACAGAUGUGCCUCUAGCAUGGUUUGUACAUUAUGGACCAGAGUGUCUUGCUAAGCCAGAAGUAGAGUUCUGGUAGUCUCGGGGCGGUCGCCGGUUUUACGUACGGGUUGCUCACCUAUUUGUAUGCUCGCCAACUAGAUUUAUGUUUUUGCUCAAUUUUAUUUAAGAGACGGACUAUAGAAACGUUUGCCAUGGUGCGGAAGCUAUCUGUCGUGUAAGCUAAUGCCGUUCUGCUGCUGGUAGCUUCAUGCAUAGGAAUGGAUCACAUCCGUUUUUAGCUAGAUAGAUUUCACAUUUCAUAUUUACGCUCUUCUUGUGAAGACUUUGCAUGGACCACUCACAUUAUGCUUGAAAAUUUGUUUGUGGGUUACACGAAGAACGUCUUCACGUCUUGAAAUAUCGCUCGCCAUGUAGAAGAGCCAGCUGGUGAGGGUGAAACUGAGCGCAGAGAUCAGUCGGACUUUAGUUGCUGAACUGACAAAGCUGGAGUAUUUACGCCAUUGCGCAUGUCGACGGGUGUAAAGUAUUGUUAAGGAAAUGCUAGGGAACUCUAGAACGGCCGUUGAUCUUCUUUAUUUUUAUUGUCGUUUUGCAAUGGUACAGAUUUGAGCAGCGGCUCAUGACUUUGCAGUAACGCUUCAUCUCUUUAUAAUGAACUUUUGUAUUUUUAAGUUUCACAUAUUGUGAAUGUCAACAGAGGAAGGUUUUGAGUUUAUGCUCUCAAGGACUGAGUCUUCUCAGAGCCGGUUUACCAGGAUUCGCCGUACGACCGGAUCUUCUAAAGUCUGAUUACCACCAGGACUGAGCCUGAGCUCUGCGUGGGACGGACGGGACGUCCAGGUGACUGUAUUUUCCUCUCUGUUGCAACAGCAAAAAGUGUACAGCAUCUUAAUCAUCACUCGUUUGCUUUAGAUGGACUUGAACAUGUGAAUCUAAUGUGAAUCGCUCUUUUCUCUCCAUGUAGCUACUUCAAUGUUUCGUUUGUAUUUUUUGCUGGUUUUAAUAAAGGAUAUUAAAAGGUCAAUAGGUAUUUUAGGGCCUGUACAUGACGGUGAUGAGAAAUAAUCAUGUCUUUUACAAUGUUUGUGGAAAAAAAAAAAGAAAUGUUGAAUUGUUUUUGUAACUAAAUAAUUGAUUCCUGUGUAAUACCUCUGUGAUUUGAUUCUUAGGUCACUCAUGUAACUAACUCAUGUUAGUGUCUGUUUUUUAGGACUAGAUGUAAACUGAAGCUGCUCAUCUAGAUUAUUCUGGGCAUUUUUGAACUUACUUUUCAGGUCAUGUGUUGGGAAUUUCGUUUUGGGAGCUAUUUUUUAUCUUGAAGUGAGGAGAUUGUCAUGCAGGAAUACUACAGACUGAUUACACAGGAAUCAUCUCACUGUACCUGAGAAAAAAAAACAGAUUCAUUCAUCCCUCAGUGCAUAUCAUUAAUCUUCAUUGUAUUUUAAAGAUGAAUGGAAAAAUAAAACACUUGAAUAUUCAGAA